AUGGAUCUUAGCAACAUUCCUGACGAGAUGAAAGCCAUCCAGGUGGUCGAGUUCGAUAAGCCAUACAAAAUCAACACUGUUCCUGUCCCAAAGGAUCUGGCGCCGGAAGACAUCCUUGUCAAAGUUGGUGUUGCUUCGAAUUGCCAUACCGACAGCAUGGUUCAGCACGGCACUUUUGGAACUAACCUUCCGGUUACAGCUUCGCACGAGGGUGCCGGUACUGUUGUCGCAGUAGGCUCUUCAGUCACAAACUUCAAGCUUGGAGACCGCGUCAUGUGCGGACUGCCAUACCACCCUUGUGGCCACUGCCAGGAUUGCUACGGCCCAGAGACAUGGCGACAAUACUGCACCAACAUUGCAGGACAUUCAGGCGUACACAGAGAUGGUUUCUUUGCCGAGUACGCCCUCGUAGAUUCCAGAACAUCAACACCAAUUCCCGAUGCGGUCACCCUCGAAAGUGCAGCACCACUUGCAUGUGCGGGCAGGACCAUCUGGAGGGGCGUUUUGGAGGCAGAGCUCAAAAGCGGUGAGUGGAUUGCAUUCGUCGGCAGUGGUGGUGGUCUGGGCCAUCUCGGUGUUCAGAUGGCGAAGGCACUUGGUCUGAACGUGAUCGGCAUCGAUGCUCGAGACGAGGGUCUGGCGCUGUCUAAGGAAGCCGGAGCAGAUGUGGUCCUUGAUGCACGCAAGGGUAAAGACACGGUGGUCCAGGAGGUACAGAAGGUUACUGCAGGCGCUGGAGUUGAUGCAUCAAUCACUCUCAGUGAUGCCGAUGAUGCAGCUGGACUGGCCUGCGCUUUGACAAAGAUGCACGGUACCAUGGUGCAGAUUGCACAGCCGGACAACGUCACGAUUCCUUUCGCCGAGUUCAUCUUCCGUGACAUCAGAGUCAAGGGCUCGUUGCUUUGUUCGCCGGAGCAGAGCGUGAGCAUGCUCGAGUGUAUCGCCGAGCAUGGCAUCAAAGUAAAGACCAAUCCGUUCCAUGGUCUUGACAAGAUUGGAGAGUUGGUCGAUCUGGUUCACGGAGGAAAGAUCAAGGGUAAAGCGAUCAUUGUGAUUGAUGAAGAACAAAUCAAGAAAGAGAAGGAACUUGGGGCUAAGUUUUGA